CAGUAUCUUUCCGCUGCACGUUUCAUCACUGUGACGCACUACCUAAGGUUCCUCACAGAGAGCCCCGGGCCUUGUGUGCAAGGCGUCCGCAUCAAAUCCCGGUACCGGCUUUCAUAAACAUGUCAAGGUCGCAGCCAUGGCUCUCUUUACUCACACCGUUACAUUCACGAACGAUUGCGGCUACGGAACUGUACCCCAAUCUAUGGGCCCUAAUGGCACUCUACUUUCCACCGGUCAACCUGUUACAUUUGAUGCCUCUGGAUUUAUACAGCUACUUCAAACUGGCAAUUGCGGAUCCAAUGGUGAAGGUUGCACUAUACGCCCGACUGGGUUUGGUUUCUACAACGGCUGCGAUGGUGUAGGUGUCGACUGCACCUCCGCGGAGUGCCAGCCUGUACCGGGCCAGAAGAGCUUGUCGGCCUGUUGCGAUGCGGAUAAUGUGGAUCUCGCUAUAACAUUCUGCGACUGAACAAUUCGUAGCCUAUGCGCUGUUAGACAUGGCAUCAUCUUCCUCGACCAAGUUCGCAUGAGCUCAACAUGUACGUUCCCUAUGUAGCGUCACGAUUUUGAUGUACUAUGCAUUGCAAAUCAU